AUGGCUCAAGAAAUGAAACAGUCUACCAUUCUUGUGACCUUGUUAACGAAAUUUUUACUCUUUUGUGAAUUCUUCCCAAUUGCGACAUGCGAAUCAAGGCUCAUCCUCUCGAAUGAAUCAAAAUUGAACAAAUGGCUUGACUAUAACAUUGAAAAAUUCAAGGAAGGGAAUGCUAAGUUAAACCAGACAGGCUAUAAGUUAAAUAAGAUGGAAUCCAACUUGGACGGAGCUCUGGCCACGGCAGAGGCUGGUAUUAAGGUUAUCACUGUCAAGAAAGAUGGUAGCGGAAAUUUUCGAACGGUCAGUGAUGCAAUAAAUAGCAUUCCGUUGUUGAACGCAAAUAGAGUGGUUAUUAAAAUCGGUGGAGGCUCAUAUUGGGAGAAGAUCACUAUUGACAGGUCAAAGCAAUUUAUAACAUUUUAUGGGGACCCAAAUGACAUGCCGAAGAUUUGUUUCAAUGGGACAGCGGCUCAGUAUGGUACGGUGUACAGUUCUACAGUGGCUAUAGAGAGCGAUUAUUUUGUGGCUGUUAAUAUUGAAUUUGUGAAUACGGCUCCAAUGCCAGAUGGAAAAAGAGAGGAUGCACAACCAGUCAUCAUGAGAAUAUCUGGAGAUAAGUCAGCAUUCUACCAUUGCAAGUUUAUAGGUUAUCAAGACACAUUGUGUGAUGAUAAAGGCAAACAUUUCUUUAAGGACUGAUAUAUCCAAGGCACCGUUGAUUUCAUUUUUGGAGAUGGCCAAUCCCUCUACUUGGUACUUUCACACCACUCAGGGUCGUCUCUACAACAUUUGUGA